GGAACCCGUGUCUAUGGCCCUCUGAGUCUCGUGGACAAUGUUGUUUUCUUGAAUAACAUGAGAUGUAAAGAGAAUAUCUCGUUGAAUAAAGUACUACUAUAGAUCUUUACAACCUUUUUAAUAUUUUGGUAGAUGUCCAUUUUGAACCAUUUCCAGACCAAGUAACAUUUCGCUGUAGAAAAAAUUUGGGGAUAAUGUCUUUGCCGCAUCUGGAGCUUGUACUCCAAAUGAAAUGUGCCGAAAGGAAAUGAACUCUUGAAAAUGUUAUUGCUAAAGAUUUGCAGUUACUCACCAAUGGCAUCAGUCUGACAGAAAGGGUGUGAUAGUGUUGAAACUGACUGAUGACAGACAACAUUUAUCAACUGUUGCUGGAGAAAGGUGUGCCUGUCUCUCGUAGAAGUAUCGUCAGUCACCUGUAUGCUGAAAGGGCUGCUCCGUGUUGCCGUGUUUCAGAAUUGUCCACAAUGGAAGCAGUUAAAGAUGUGACGGAGACAGUGACUGCGGACCUGGGUGCACUCCUGGACGCCGGGGACGACGCCAUGGUGAUACUCGAGGCAGGCGACACUCGGCUGGUGGCGCACAGGGCUGUCCUUGCAGACAGGAGCCCCGUGUUGGCGGCCAUGUUCGCCCACAACACCCUCGAGACGAGCACCGGCGUGGUGAGGAUUGCCGACGUGGAGGGCCCGGUGCUGAGGCAGCUGGUCUCCUACCUGUACACCCUGCGGGCCUCCCAGCUGCCCGGCACGGCCCCCCAGCUGCUGGCCGCAGCGGAUAAGUACGGGGUGUCGGGGCUGAAGGCAGAGUGCGAGAGGCAGGUGGCCGCUCAGCUGACUGUCGAGACCGCGGCGGCCGCAGCCGUCCUCGCAGUCCGCCACUCCUGCAGUGACCUCAGGCGAGCUGCACUGGCGUUCAUUAAGACCUGUCCGUUCGAGGUGAUGGCCACUCAGGGGUGGGCAGAUGCGAUGCUUCAUCAACCAAAAGACUUGAUCGAAGUGAGCCGGUUGCUGUAUGAUCCACCACCAAAAAGCAGCGCACCAGUCGUUACGGAGCUGAGUACCACAACCAGAACCACCACCACCUCCGCCGCUGCCGCCACCUCUGCCAGCGCACCUUGCCAGACACCUGCUGCUGCGCGGCCCAUGACUCCUCCACCUGAUGAGGCCACUGUCUCUCAAAUGCAGAGCCUCUCUGCAGAGGAGAGGGGCAGGAGGCUGGUCCAGGCGGCUGAGGAUGGGGCAGUGGGGGAGCUGAGGGCGCUGAUCGCCGCAGGGGCCGACGUGGGGGCGAGGGACGAGUUGGGGCGGACCGCCCUGCACUAUGCAGCGUGCAGGGGAGACGUCGAGGUGGCGAGGCUGCUGGUGGGGGCGGGUGCGGCGGUGGACGCCAGGGAUGACUGUGGGUGGACGCCGCUGCAUUUCGCGGCAUACAACCGCCACGCAGAAGUGGCGGCUGGGCUGCUGGUCGCGGGGGCCGACAGGGGGGCCACAGCUGGUGAUGGUGGGCAGACAGCGCUGGACAUCGCCAGGGAGAGGAACCACAGGCGGCUGGUGGAGAUGCUGUCAUGAGGCAGGCAGUCCAGCGAACUCUGUGCAAAAAAACAGGAACUGAAAGAGUUUGUACGAGAGCAAUAUUCAUAAUUUUUUAAAUAAAGAUCCAAAAAACUCAA